CGCUUGUUCCCGAACUGCGUUCAGCUCGCACCAAACUUCAAAGUGGAGUGGGAAGGCAAAGGAGAUUCUUUGGAGAUCCGUCUCACCGCCGAGAUAGACGAGAAUCAGUACAUGUCAUUUGGCCUGUCUCCGCGCCAGGGAGAACCCGUGAUGGAAAACAGCGAUGUUGUGGUUGCAUAUUACGACUCGGCCGAUGGCUCGUAUCACGCCGUCGACUACUCCAUCACUGCGCGGACGCCUUGCGACGGCACGUACGGAGUUUGUCCCGACGAACGAAUUGGGUUCCGUAACGACGCUAGCGUGAUAACGGGCGAACGUAGCGACGGGUUCACGUCGAUUACGUACAAGCGGCCGUACGAGACGGGCGACCGUCACGACCUGCCUGUCUUGAACGGGCCCCAGACGGUUGUGGCCGCCAUUGGGUCUCUGGACGUCAUGAAGGAAGCAAAAUACCAUACACAAUUCGUCACUAAACGUACGCCAUCUUGGGGCAUCGCGUGGUGGGUGAACGAGUUACUCAUUCCUGAGAUCUACGUGGUGCGUGGCCAGACUUAUUACUUCGUGGUGGAGGGGGGCGACGAUCCCACGAAGCAGGCCUCUUCGUUUGUCAACAACGACCUGGUUCGCACCGUACCUCUAGUUCUUGGACGUCUUUGCCAGUGGAAACCAAACGCGCGCGACUCGUGGAAGGAGAGCGCCACGUUCGCCGAGUACCGCAACACGCUGUACAAAGACUGCGCUGACGGCAAGCCAGGCUACCUCGAGUGGACGGUGCCUAAAGACACUCCCGACCUGGUCUACUAUCAGUGCUACACACACCGCAACCUCGGCUGGAAGAUCCACGUGAAGAAUGAAGGAGUCCCUCCUAGCGAACGCUUCAGCGGCGCCCAGGCGAGUGUGUCGUCCGCGGCCGCCGUUGUGCUGGCCUUUGCCGUGUCUGCUCUGCUAAGAUGAAAAACUCUCUCGUCUUGUUAACGAAAGUCUACUUUAUUGCUUCUCAUGACGAUGCUGGAAGGAAAUUAUGGGUAGGAAAGCUCACCUGUCUUUCCAUCGUGAGACUGAAAAAAAAAUUUUAAAGCCAACCUGAUUAGUCGUGCGUGAUUCCCGGAUCAAGAUAUUUGAUAAUAUAAUUAUGAUUAAUCACCCUUAGCAUCCAGAUAAAGGGGAUAGAUGUGGCGAAUGAUUAUGAGGAGCUUACUUAUGCACAAUACAUUAACUUGAUUAAUGCAAUUAAAUUUGUGAAAUAAUUGGGAGGAACGCCAGGUUCAUAUAGGUUUAUCUUGCCCAGAAAUGCAUUACAUCGAAAUCGGUAAAUAUUGUGAAAAUUUCUGAGGAAGCAGAGAAUAAUGAGCAUGAAUAUACGAGGUGGCGAGCCUUGGUCUUUUAAUUUUUAUGAGAUAUUGCAUUCAUAAUUGCCUGCUUAGAAUUAUAUUGUGGUAGUUGAUUGUUAAUCCACGAAUGAUUGGCCAACCCCUAUCUGGCUAUUGGUGUAAUAACUGCUGCACAAUAUACAUAGCUUAACUUUGAGGGUUCCUGGAAAUUCAUGAACAAUUAAGUAACCCUCUUUACCUUGCUUGCAAGGUUCGUAGUUUUUAGCAAGGUAAUAUGCUACUGUUUUUAUAAUUCAGGAAGAAGCUCGUAUUUGUGCACUCAUUUUAGCAGAUGUGAAAAUAAGCACACCAGAUGAAGAAUUUCCCGAGAGUAUCAAACUAUCUUCGUUUUUAUUGUCGAUCUAUUUAUUCAGAACUAUAUUGUAUUUACGUUUUGACAGUAGUGGCUGCAAGAAUCGGCCAAUUUAUUUUUAAGCAUAUCUAUAAUUUGUAUAUCAUAUUAGUUUUAAUAACUUUUAUUUAUACUCAGAGUCUAUAACUACUCUUUAGUACUGGACAUAAUAUUGAACAUCGAAUGCUGUAUUUACAAUAUAUUCAAGAAUGCGAUUGGUUGUGAUGUUACCUUUGUGCUUACUACAGCUAAACACGUUAUUAAGAAAGCGUUUUAAUAAAUUGAUAAUAACACAGGUUUGUUGCUGGUUAUGUAUAUUAGUAGCAAGGGAAUGAGCUUACAUAUUAUCUUCAUUACACCGUAACGAUCUUACAAAAUUUAUUGACGUACGUAUUAUUGUAAACGUAUUGUACACGUACCUGUCGUAUUUACACAAACUUGGAUGUGGGUAUAAUUUGUUCAGUGAGAGGACUGAUGUGUUUUGUAUCAACUUGACACAAUUGAAUUUUAAAAGAAUUCAUUAUUUGUUAGUUUCAUUCAUGGUCCAGAGAGUAUCCUACUUAAGAUUUUUGGAUCAAAGUGAAAUUGGGAAUUUUAUUUCAAUUACCAUGCACAAAUUCGUAUUUAAUUACUUACCUGUCCGCCUUGUUUGAUUCCACUCGAAUGAAAUUUGUGUUUUGGUAUACAUAAUAGCCGCGUACAAGACCAAAGACAGAAAUUUAGUAGCGAAUUGUUUCAACACUUCCGAAAUGUUAAAUAAAUAGGUAAUGUCUCCUAUUUAUCUGUAUGAGACAUCACUGAGAAGUGAGAACUUCUUGUGUGCAUAUCACUUCCUGGUUGAUGAUGUUGCCUCGUGUUCGUUCGAUCUUUUAUACUAGUGUGUAAUUUGUAACUAAUUUUGAAAGCAAUACUUGAAUUCCCGUAGAAUACGUGGUGUUAGCCGAUGUUCCGAUUUGAAUAGUUCCCGCUUGAAUUGAUCCAACAAUUUGAUAAGAAUUAUACUGUAAUAAAUGUGACCCGUUUGGUAUCGAAGUUAAAAUUAUUGGAUAACUUGAUAUAUUCAGGCAAUUUUUGGUGUAAAGUUGAACUGUCCUGUAACUCGUUGCUUGUGAAGUUGAGUUGUUGGUUACUAUCGAAUAUGUUCAUUUACUUAGUAUAUAGCUAUUUGUAUUACAGUUUAGAAUAAUUGGAGAAAAUACGUUCCAUGUAUAGCAUUUUAUAAAGAAUGGAAAAGCUAUCAUUUUACAUCUGUUGGUGUUUCCCGAAACUUAUUACAAAGAGCAAAUGAUUUAUAAUAACUGUCUUCCUAGAGUUUGAGUCUUCCACGAAGUAUAAAUUCGCAGAGAAUUGAGCAUUACUGAACUGUCUUCCUAAUGCAGGUGUCUGUCGUGUAAUCCUGCGUUCAAGAGCAAAUAUUUGGUCGCGAAAUGUCUUCAUUUUACUGAUGUCUUCCAAUGAAUAUUACGUCAAUAGCGAGUCGUUGAUCUUGAAAUAUGUUGAUCUAUCUUUUGAUGUCUUCUAUGAAGUGAGAAGUUAAAGAACAAGUUAUUGGUAAUGGAAAGUCUUACGUUUUCCAUGUCUUCCAUGAAGAGAGAAGUUAAAGAACAAGUUAUUGGUAAUGGAAAGUCUUCCAUCUUUUGUGGUCUUCCAUCAAGUGAGAAGUUGAAGAACAAGUUAUUGGUAAUGGAAAGUCUUACGUUUUCCAUGUCUUCCAUGAAGUGAGAAGUUAAAGAACAUGUUAUUGGUAAUGGAAAGUCUUCCAUCUUUUGAUGUCUUCCAUGAAGUGAAAAGUUAAUGAACAUGUUAUUGGUAAUGGAAAGUCUUCCAUCUGUUGAUGUCUUUUCCACGAAGUGUAAAGUUAAUGAACAUGUUAUUG